UUAGUAAUGUGUGCUAAAAUACAUACAUACAUACAUAAAUAAAUAAAUAAAUAAAUAAAUAAAUUCGAGAUAUUUUAUCGUUCAGGUAAUUAAAUUAAAUAACGCGCCACAUUGAAAAUAUAAGAACUUUUACGUUCUUCCAUUUUUCAGUUCGUUUCCACAGAUGAUAUUAAUGGUACUGUAUUUAUAGAAACCUCAGAUACACGAUACUGUGUUAUUCACUGUUGACAGUGAAGAUCCAUUUUUAGUCACACGCUAACACUGGCGUGGGCGUGGGCGUGGGUUACGCCAUCCAUCCCAGAGUAACCCACUCUUGGUAUAUUUAAGUUCUGGCCCUGGGAGUUUCCGGAUCCGUUGAAAAUAGAAUUAUCUUACUCCUCUCCGGAGUGGCUUUCUGGCCAUAUUUUUAAAAGCAAGAAAAUGCAGCAGCGAGAAGAGAAGCAGCUGGAGGCCUCCAUAGACGCUCUCAUCAACCGAGUUGCACACCUAAAAAACUCGCUGCACAGUUUUAUUUUUAAACUGGAGAACGAGUACGACAGACUGACAUGGCCCUCUGUGCUUGAUAACUUUGCCCUGUUAUCGGGUCAGCUUAGCACCAUCAAUAAGCUCAUGAGAAGUGAGAAGACUCCUGCCUUCCGGAACCAGGUCAUCAUCCCUUUGCUGCUGUCUCCAGACAGAGAUGAAGAGCUAGCAAAACUGACAGAGCAGCGUGUUCCUGUUUUCAGUCAUGAGAUCGUCCCAGAUCACCUGCGCACAAAGCCUGACCCCGAGGUGGAGGAGCAGGAGAAGCAGCUGAGUACCGAAGCAGCCCGUAUCGGACCGGAUGUGGCACAGAAACAGAUCCAGACUCUUAAUAAAUUGUGUUCAAACCUUUUGGAAAAGCUGAAUAAUCCUCGUGAGGACCGUGAAGCUGAAAGCUCAGCUAUGCGCCAGAACAAGCCAACGUUUAAUCCUGCGGAUACAAAUGCACUGGUGGCAGCGGUAGUGUGUGGCAAGGGGUUGUCAAAUCACAGACCUCAAGGACCGGGAGGGACAGUUCCGCCUGGAGGAGGUCCCAUGCUGUCUGGGGGCCCCAAUCUGCAGCAAGUCACCAUGCAAAGGUCUACCAACCAGCAAGCAGCCAUGGGUGGGCAGGGCCCCCCUCAACAGCCAGGGAAAAUGCCCAGCAGCAUAAAGACAAACAUCAAGUCAGCUUCGAUGCAUCCCUACCAGCGCUGAGCCAUCUCUGUGCAUUAGCUGAGACGCUGUGCCUGCCUAAAGAAAAAGGAAAAGCACCUUGCGUAACUAUCUACAAAGCGCAGUUCUUUUAUUAGUAUAACCUUCUAUAGCAGGCAGUGAUCAGGUUAGCUCCAUCCCACAGUCCAGCUGUCACGAAACAUUUUAAACCAGACACUGAUUAUGAACUGCACACUUGUGUAAAUACAUUUUCCGUGCUCCUGCAAAUGCCCUUCGCUGUGUGAAAAGCAGAUGAUUUCUGGUGGUGAAUACCAUAUAAUUUUUUUUCUUUUAUUCUAGUGCAGCAAAAACUUAACGCCAACAUGUGUAUCACAAAUAUAACGGUUUUAAUUACUGUUUAUGAACUGCUAAUACAAGGAUGUUAAACAGUGUUAUAGAUGUACCGAAAGGCCAUAACCAAGUAAUAGAAUGACAGUUGUGAUUGUUUGUUUAAUUUUGCAUACUAUUACAACAUACCUCUCAACACAAGUUUAUGAAAUCUAUCAGUAUUUAUCCUAGAUUGUAAUUUCUUAAUCCUGCUUUUUAUCAUUAUUCAAAAAGCCCUGAAAUUUAAAUGCAAAAGGUACAAAAUGCUGGAAGGUUGACCUCUUGUGGUGGAAAUAAAGUACUAUACUUUUAGACCUUGAUAUAAGCAAUUGUUCCCCUCUGGUGGACAAACCUGAUAUUGCAUCACCUCAUUUUAACAAUAGGAAUGAUUUGGGUUUAGGUUUCACAAUAUAUUCGGUUGACCAAGCUUUGUGUCGUUUUGAGUAACAGUAUCACUUUUUAUUCAACUGAUUUCUUCCAGACUUUAGCUACAUCUACUGCAGGGAUCUGUCAAACCAGCCUUCUCUCAGUGUAUUUUCUCUGACAAUACAUCCAGUUCCCCAGCAUACUUCAACAGCAGCAGUAAUUAAACAGGGAGUUUUUUAUGACAGCUGGAACACCAGAUGUCAUUGAAGAUAUUGGUUGCCUUCGUGCCACCUUUUGAAGUAUGAUGUUGUUUAACACACCAGUUAUUGAAAGUAGUUUCAUUGCAUUUAUAUGCAGGCUUUGUCACUGUGAUGCAUGUUGUAGAUUCAAUGAGAUAUUGAAUAUGUUCCCUGCUGUGGUUCCUAUAUAUAGAACAGUUGGUGUCCCCAUAUUUAACCUUGUCUUUAUGUGAUUUGGAAAAUAAGGUUAGGAUUUUCACCAUAGUUAUAGCAAUAUUUAUUUACAGUUCAUUUGGAUUUAUAAAGAAAACCAGUGUUUAGUUAAAGUAAAAAAAUAAAUAAAUAAAUGGAAGCAACUACAGUUGUGACUUUUAAAAUCUGUUGAACACAUUCAUUGCUAGGGAAGAAUAUAUUCACACUGAAUUGUUUAACUUCCCAGAACCUUCUGGUACAACUAUUUUCCAGCAAUGUGUAAAAUAUAGGCACUUUUCGGCAAUGUGUAAAAUGACCAGUUAUUGGUCUUAGUUUUCAUUUUGUUUGCAUCAUUGCAAAGUCUCCCAACACAUUUGUUCUUUUAAUAAUAAUAAAAAUAAAAAAACACCAAGAA